AUGUCCUUAUUGAAUUCGUCGAAUUUAAAUUCCAUCUCCAUGGAAUCCGACUCUAAGCCGUGCUUUGAUUGUGACUCUUUCGAAAAAACGACUACUACCUUCUUUGAAACCGGAAAUUUGUCGUGUUUUAAGAGAGAAAGAGAACGCGCGCAAGAAUGGCAUCAUAUUAUCGUUAGUUUGCAACAGUAUCAACUACAACAGCGACAAAUGUGUCUUCUUCGACAGAAACAGCAACAAUUAGUGCACUCAACUUCAAUAGAUUUCAUGAAUUUAUCGGUGGGAUUAACACAACGGAAGAAAAAUGCCUUGGUGAGAAUUAAUGUGAAGUGUCAUGGACAAUCGUUUGAUGAUUUAUUGUGGAGUCAGGGAGCGAUGAAGAUGUUGGGAUUACCGAACGCUGGGGGUGCAAGUAUGCUAUCGGAAGUUCUUUCUUGUGAAGUGAUGGAAAGAGUUUUGGGCGUAGAGUUGUUUAAAACCGAGAUGGAAGUAAGUUACCUAUUCAUAAAUCAACCAAUGACCGACUACCUCGUGAAAUUUCAUAACCAGCAAAACAUUUUACUCUGUCUCGGCGUUUCAGUAACACGAGCAUACGCGCAUAAAGGUCGUUACACGAAACACGAUGCUCACAAACUACUCACGAAAAAACUCUUUGGCGUGACUUCGUCCACACGAAACAUCAUCAAUGCUAAAAUCUGGAAACAGAUUCUACAUAUUUGGUGCCCAAAUGGUAAGGUGGCGAACGUGGUUAGACGCGCAUACGUGAAAUUAGACGAUGAUUACAAAUCGAAUACGAUGGUUGUGUUGAGUAUUAUUGAUUCGAUAAGGUUUUUACCACCACCAACAUCAAAAUUAAUUUCAUCUACUCUCAAAAACACCAAUAACUACAUUCUUCCAAACUUUUACGUAAAAGAACGAACGAUGAGUACUCUUGAGACUAAAGGCGAAAUCAAAGUCGACAAAGAACAAUUGAAAGUGGGUCAAACAGUCGUUUACCGUCCUGUUGGCGGGGCUGAAACUACUAGUGAAGGUGUCAUUAAGGAAAUUAUAAUCGAGCCUGAGAUUGCUGGUGAUACUCAAAAGAAAGUUCAAGCGAGUGAAGAACAACCGCGAAUCUUGAUCAAAAAUUCUAAAACUGGCAAAGAAACCGCAUAUAAGCUCGAAAACAUCGAAUCUAUCAAAGGAUAG